CUUUCCCUCAGAAGUCGUACACUUCAGGAUCCAAAUUCAAUUGGGGAUUAGGGUUUGUCGGAUGCUUUCUGUUUUUGGUGUUUUGAUUGCCCAAAAGUAGAAAAAAGGAUCAAUCAAAAUCCCUGUCAUGGAAGGAGACCUACUAGACUGGGAGGUGCUCCACAGCUCGGACUCUGAGUCUAAUUCUAUGUUGGUUAACGCGGCCGAGUCGAGGAAUCUUGAGAGCAUCGAAGGUGAUACUGUAGGGAUGAUAAGGUCUGAUUAUUUUUCUCUUAAUAAUCAGAGUAUGUAUGCAAAGGAGGGGGAUGUGAGCGAAGAAGGCUCUAUCGAGUCAGAUAAUCCGAGUUGGAUUGAUCCCAAGCCUGUGGCUCAGUAUAGGAGGAAUAAUUCGGGCGAAUUUUGGUCCGAUUCCGGAAGUGAUCGGUCAGAUGAUCGUAAAUUAAGUGAUUUGGUUAUGAAAAAGGACUUGGAGUUCGCUGAGAACGAGAAAGCCCCAGAUUUUCUCCAAGGGGUUGGAAAAGUGGAAGGUAAGACUGAUGAAUUGUGUACAUUAAAGCCUGAUGUUAAUAAAAUUAGUGAAUUCGAUAGACUGAAGGAGUUAGGUUUUGGUGAGUUUGGCGAUAUUCAAGAUCAAGAUAAGGAUUUGGACAAGUUCUGGCCUGAUUCUGGUGGAGAUGUUUUGAUUUCGAUGAAGUUUGACGAUAUUGAGAAAGAUGCUGGCUUUGAUUUUUGUGACUGUAUGGAAAAGGGAGCUGAGUUGGAGAAUUCAGGUGAGCUCGAUAACGGGAAUAGCUCAACAUUGGAGUCGGAAGUAGGAGUCGGUAAUACAAUUGCUAACGAAGGUUCUACUAUCGAUGAAAUGAAGUUGUGUGCGAGAUCAGCUAAUGAGGGAGACAAGAAGAAGGUAACAUGGUGGAAAGUUCCUUUCGAGCUCUUGAGAUACUGUGUUCUCAGGGUUAGCCCUGCUUGGUCCUUCUCUGUAGCGGCGGCUGUGAUGGGUUUUGUUAUAUUAGGACGCAGAUUGUAUAAGAUGAAGCGGAGGAGCAGUAGCUUGCAGCUAAGGGUUACCAUGGAUGAUAAGAAGGUGUCUCAGUUCAUGACUCGUGUAGCUCGCCUCAACGAGGCAUUUUCAGUGGUAAGACGUGUCCCAAUUAUACGACCUUCACUAUCUACUCCCACUGGGGUGAAUCCAUGGCCUGUGAUGAGUUUGAGAUUAAGGUGAUACUGUAAAAAUGGAAAAAAGAAAAAAAAAUAGAAAGACCAAGGAGUGUGCCUACAAGGUAAGCCAUAGUAUUAUGUUUGCUUUGUUCUGUUGAUGUAAGGAUGAUUAUUUUCAGCUAUGUAUGUUAUGGGUUCUGAUUUGAUCAAUAUGUAAAACUUCAGACUGUAAUUUGUUUCAGUCCCCUUUAUGUUGUAAAACCUUGACCAAAUUAUCAUAUUAUAAAGGUAAAUCUUUAUAUUUGUAGUUCA